AUGGCAUUCCCAGGCGGUCAACCCACGUUUGUGGAGAAGAAGAGGAUUAACUUGAUGGCAACCAAGACACAGCAGUCUACAACUACGGCUCUACUUCCUGCUAUCUACGACCAAUCGUCCUCACCUCUUGCCCCCACUCCUCGCGUCACUGAAUGGCAGCAACCUGCGCCUGCAUUUUACGGUGAUGUUGAGAUGCAAGAUGCUUCGGCAGUCAACAGCGCUGCUGGCAGCCCAUUCUCUGCCAAUUACUCGUCCUUCUCGGCUUUCGCCAAACCUUUUACCCCUCCAGGUGCAUCUGUCGUCGCCAACGUCAGCCUCCGCAAUACUGUCACUUCUCCACCUCACCGUGAUUCCGCAACUUCAAUCUCUUCGCCUGGCAUGGCGCCUUCAACAACCGUUACGAGAAAGGCCCCGCCUCAUCGCACGCUGAAAGAGCAGAGUCCCGCACUUGCACCCCCACCUGCGCCCGCGCCUCUUGCCAACAAGCUCGUGGUUCCUACUGUAUCCGCUGCCGGCGAGUGCAACGCUCCGCCUACCCCCAAGCGCUCCCGCGGCCCUCACUCCGGCCCUCAUUCGAAAUUGACCCCUCGAGCUCAGAAGGUGUCUGGCAGCUUGUCUAACAUGAGCUUCGAGUCCGUCUCGCUUCCUCAGUUUGAAUCGCAGCCUCAGACGACCGAUACCUCUCGUGACAUCGCCCCUGUUAGCCAGAAUGCUUGGAUCGAUGUACAACAGCCCGUCACCGAGCCCGAAUCUUGGACCGACGUUCGGAGCGUUCAGAAUGAGCCGCAGGUGUCUACCAAGACUGUCAAAGCCCCUUCGGUCCUUUCGAACGUUGAGUCUGCUCAACACGUCUCCAAGCCUGAGGCUGUUCUUGCUGGUCGCUCCACUCCCAAGGUCGCUGUCGACAUUCCUUCCGUGCCUGAGACUGUUGUCGAGGUCGCUGGCUCAUCCGUGGCUACCAUUGAGGCUCGUCCUACCCCAGAGGCUGUGCUUCCACCACACACAAAGAGACACCAGGCCACAAGAGAUACUGCUGCCGGCGGCCAGCAGCGCGUACAGACAAGCGAAACCCCUGCGCACUACGAACGCACCCAGUGGCUUUCGAUGCUUCUUGACCAGAAGGGCACUGCCGAAGGCCGUGAGCUUAUCCGCGCCUUCUCUGAUCACAUCCGUGCUGGCGUUGAGGCUGGCAAUAUGGAGGCUACCACGCCCGACAGUGAGCAGGAGAUCUGGCUGGAGUUUUCGGCUGGACAGCGUCUCUCUGCUCGUGUUGCCAACGACACUGGCAUCAAGCAUGUCAUCGAGGAGUUUGCUAAGAUGACCCAUUCCACAGCGUCGGAGGUCUACGUCAUGCUCAAGGUCGGCAAGAAGGAUCACAACGCUUGA